CCCUUGCUUGAGUUUGUCUGUGCGAGUGCGAUCAUUUCAACGAACAACGACAAACUGUUGUGGGGAUGGAGCCGCGGGUUGAAGUGGGGUUCGACACGCGAGCGUGUGACACGUUUGCAGGGUACAAGCUGAGGAGUGGCGAGCAAGUGCACCGGCAUCAUGGCCAUGCUGAGGGUGCCGGCGACAAAGGGCAGCAGGCAGCAAGCGCGGUGGUGGUGGUUGAUGAGCACGACUUGCCGCCAGAUGUCCAAGUCUUUUCCCCAUCCAUGACUUCGUCAUCCUCAUCAACAGGCAGAGCUGCAGUGACCUCGCUGUCGCGUGCAGCAAUGACGGCUCAAGGACGACACAACGCCGUGCUGUGGCACGACUCCCAUCACAUGCUCUUCGUGUCUGCAGACUACAAGCUCAGAGCAGUCCACUGGGACAGUAUGGACGUGGUCGCGGUCGCUGAUCUCAACACAAGCCAAGAAACACGGCCCAACACACACUGGUGCCCCAGUGUUGCUGCCACCAAUGAUUAUGUGUUUUGCACGACACCAACCAACGCAUGCAUCGUACUGCGCAGGGAGACGGACACCCAUCCGGGAUCCUGGACACCCCUGUACAACUUCGAGCUGCCGGUGCCCAGCCUUGGCUCACGCAUUGUGGUGCUUCGCUCCUUGUCGCAGCUGGGCCCCACCACCUUUCGCCUGGCAGUCACGUGCACAGAACAGCCGGAGCAAGGCGCGGUGGAGCGCGUGCAAGUCAUGGUGCUGGAUGUGCGCUGGAAAGGCGACAGCAACGCCCUCGACAUCACCGCCGUCUUCGCGUGCCCAACAGACGAGUGGCCACGCAUGGUCAACCUGGUGUCGCACGUCAGUGCAGAGGCUGGUACGCAAGCGCCACGCUCAGCCCCGCUGUCUGCAUCCCGCGGCAGCUGUUUUCUCGUGUUUGAUACAUCACCAGCACACGCAGCUGCGCUGGCCUCGACAGCAGUGGCAACAACAGCACCAUCCUCAACACCAUCCUCAACAGCAUCACGACACCAGCCAGCCGGUGAGCAGUCAACGGCCGACACGGACGUGCACAAGGCCCUGGCGCCUGUGACAACGCACCAGCCAGAGCAGACAGCCAUGCUCUGGGAUGACGAUGAGCUCGCUGCCGGGGAUGAUGAGCUGGAGAUGGGCGAUGAACGCGACGUCGUCGCGCUGCUGCUUCCACCGUCACAACACACGCCCACACAACAACAACAACAACAACAACAACAACAACAACAACAACAACAACAACAACAACAACAACAACAACAACAACAACAACAACAACAACAACAAUGCACCAGUACCAGCGAUAUGGAUGUUGGCGAUCGUCAUGAUCAACCCGAGGCAGGGCAGGGUGGCCCGUCACUAUCGCCAGCACUGUCGUCGCGGGUGUUGUCGCUACGAGGGCACCGCAUCCUGUAUGAGGACGAGCACGCUGGUCGGCUGUAUGCACAGGACGACGUCCACGUGGCUGUGCUGCAGUUUGGUGUGGAGGAGAUGCAAGGCGGUGUGCAGUUGCGGCAGACUGCCACAGUGCCCGCAUUCGCGUACGUGCUGGCGUCGAAGCAACAACGGCAGUUUGUGGUGACAAGUGGCAUGGAUGCACCCUUUUCGGCAGUCGUGGAUGCCAUGGGCAAUGUUGUCGUGUACACACGCCAAGGCGACAUGUACGUGAUCGACACGCGUGAUGCCUCUCGUGUGCUUGGGGUUGCCGUGCACGAUGAUGCUAACUCACUGGUUGUGCUCCGGCAAGCUUCCAUCGCCGUUUGCUCUGUUCCUUCUUCGACAUAGGUGUGUGUGUGUGUGUGUGUGUGUGUGUGUGUGUGUGUGUGUGUGUUCGUGUGUUUGUGUGUGUG